AUGGCGCCGAGCCACAGCAAGCGAGCGCGAAGCGAAAGCUCUAGCUCUAGCGUGUCUAAUUUUGAACCAAAGAGCAGCAGCAACGAUGAGUCUAGCUCGUGCCCCAAGUCGCAACAAGGCGAAGGAAUCCGACCAAUGCAAAACUUUCGUGGCUGUGAUUGUAAAGCACAGAUUAUUGCAACGCUGAAGCGCAUCAAGGUUGCGGAGAACCAGUUUGGAUUUGCUGUUUACGUCACAGAGCAGCACACGACGCCCACUCAUCCAUUAAACGGAGACGCUUGGAGGGCGUAUGCUGAGAACCGACGUGUCGAGGACCUGGAAAUUAUCGAGAUGGUUCGAAAGUUUGUUGCAUUGGACUCUAAGUUUGACAACACUGGUAUGCAAGUUAACAUGCAGUUGUACGCAGCUCUUGAAGCAUUUCUAGGCAUCAUCGAGGCAUCGGGUGUACCGCUCAUUAGCGAAGCACCGUGGACGACAAUGAAAGGGUUCCAGAAACGCAGCCAACCAAACCUGACGAAUCCAGGCAAAAGCCUGUGGCCGAAAGUUAAGGUGAACGGCCGACCAAAGACGACAAAGGCCACCCGAGCGUGGUAUCCUAAGCAAGCAAAGCCGUCUACGCCAAAAACCAUUUCGCUGGAGUACGAGAGCUCUGAAGAAUCCGACAACUGCAUGACCCCUGAGCAGUACAAACCUGGACCAAUGUCAUUUGAACUCGUUUGUGAUGCUCCAUACGAACUCUUCACGUACAAUGGACUGGUGAAGUUAGCGACCAAAGCUGUGACGUCGUACAAAAAGGCGCUGGAACGGGAGGCAAAGGAAUUGGCAAAAACUACUAAGAUGGAGACGAAGACCUCGCUAGACAAGCACAUCGAUCUGUCUUCUGAGAGUGGCCUAGUUGUCAAAUUUUACCCGAGCCUUGAUGAGAACGCGACGCAUCGACCAACCUACUCAUUUUUAUCCAAGACAUGCAAGUCGUAUCUUGCACCGCUUCUAAGGGAAAAGUAUGCAGACUACACAAUCAAGAAAGCCGACAAUAUCCGCCAAGAAGACGGGCAUAAUUGUGGAGUCAUCGUCAAACACUACAUGGAAAGCUACAUCAGCACCCGCAUCGUGACGAAUCCAAAUCAAAUUUUGCUCCAGAGUCUGUAG